AUGCCCUUGAGACAACUUUAUCCAGACCCGGAAAAGACAGCGGAGGAUGAGGCGAUUGUUGACAUCGUCGCGGUCCAUGGACUGAACCCCCGGAGCAAACCUGACCAAGAGCAUGCCUGGGACACAUGGCGAACUCCAUCUGGCCCCGAAGGCAAGCUCUGGCUCCGUGACGAGCUCCCCAAAGAGCUGCCUCGCGCCCGAAUAUUUCUCUAUGAGUACAAUUCGACGGCAGUGUAUGGAAAGGACCGCACCACCUUUAUCGACAAGGUGAAUGGCUUUUUAGAGGAAUUGAGAAUCGACAGGAGGAAGACACCGCGACGGCCGUUGCUGCUGCUUGGCCACAGCCUUGGAGGCCUCUUGAUUAAGCAGGCUCUGAUCAACGCGCACAAUAAUGAAAAGUACGAGGACAUCAAGGAUGCCACACAGGGACUCGCAUUCUUUGCUACUCCCCAUGAUGGCGGAAAACAGUCUCUUGUAAACAUUGGCAAGGUCGCUGCCAAGAUCGCCCUGGAGUUGGGGUUCCAGAAAGGCGACAAUAUUCUGGAAACGAUCAAGUCGGGCAGCAUGUUCAGCGACUUGAUGCACGAGCAUUGGAGGCACCGCCUUUUGGAGUACCCCAUAGUUUCCUUCUGGGGCGCAUUGGACACUGUCGUCCCUAGGGAGAGUACAUCGUUCGGCCUCCCAGGAAAGCACGAGAAUGUGGUUUCACUCCAGGCGAGCCAUGGAGGUGUUUGCAAGUUCGGAACAAGUCAACUGGACCUGGAUAACUUCAAGCUCGUCCAGGCCAACCUUCAAGACCUUUACGAAAGUGCCAUCGCGAAUGGCCAAGAUCAAUUCGAGAUGAAGAAGAAAGCCGAGCGAGCCAAGCAGGUCACAAAGUUCCUGAGGAACCUGUACAAGUCUUUAUACCACGACUUUGAAGACCAAAGGAGUGCAGUUGGAGCACUGUGCUGCCUUUUGCGGCAGCUCUUUAAAGAGAAGCCAGCCCUCUUGCAGGACUCCAUCCUCACACAGUUUGGCGAAGACGGCGACAAGCUCCUCGAUUCUUUUCGCGAUCUUUGGCAUAUCUUAGUUUCGGCUUCAAGAGACCAUGGAAGCGGUCAAAUUGUUUGUGUCCUGGACGCACUUGACGAAUGCGAGGAACGAGACCGGCGCUUGCUGGUCGAGACGCUCAAUGACUUUUAUCUCGAAAAGGGCACCAAUACGAGACUCAAGUUUCUGGUGACAAGCCGUCCUUAUGUGAACAUCGAGCGAGGCUUCCAUGGUGUACAGACGCAGCUCCCAAUGAUUCAUUUGCGGGGAGAGGACCAGUCCGAGUCGGAGAAGAUUGCAAGAGAGAUUGACUUGGUCGUCGGGGCUCGAAUAACCCAGCUGUGCACGAAGCUACAGCUCGCAGAGCCACAAGAGAGGGUUAUGAGGAGAGAGAUGUUGCGAAAGUCGAACCGGACAUAUCUCUGGGUCUAUUUGGUCUUUGAAGUGCUUGAAAACUGUGCCGGUCAUUCUUCCGCCCAGAUCGAGGAGCAUAUCAGGAACAUUCCCGCGACGGUGGAUGAUGCAUACGAAAAAAUCCUCUCCAGGAGCCCAGACAAGAACAAGGCUAGGAAGUUACUGCACAUGGUUCUGGCGGCAAAAAGGCCGCUGAGGUUGAAGGAGAUGGCUGCGGCAAUGAUCAUCGAGAAGGAUCACACCUUGUACAGCCAACUGAAUAUCGAACCGAAAGAACGGCUUCACACUUGGAUUCGAGAACUCUGUGGUCUUUUUGUAUCCAUCGUUGACGACAGAAUCUACCUCCUCCAUCAGACGGCCGUCGAAUUCUUAGUGGACAGAGUCAAGGAUGGAGAGUCUCGGCACAACCCCUUAAAAGAAGGCAACAUUCGCUCCGAGUGGAAAUAUUCAUUUCCUCCUGAAUCAUCGAACCUCAUACUGGGGUCGGUGUGCGCACAGCUUCUUCUUUUUACUGAUGUUAUCGAUGGCAUCGGGAAACUCUGUGACCCCAGCCUCCGGAUAGUACGCAUGUCACUAGAAUUUUUGGACGAAAAGUACCCGCUUCUUUCCUACUCUGUGGACUACUGGGCUGAUCACCUUGGCGAUGCGAGCAGUACAAAAGACCUUCCAUUGAGCAACAUGCUGCAGCUAUGCAGUGGGAGCGAGUCAGCAUGUGUCGUUCCGUCGCCAGGAUUGUUCCACUACUUUUAUCGGCACGCCAAAGCCCUGACUCCUCUUGUUGUCGCAUCGAUUCUAGGGCUUGCGGCUGUAACUCGACACCUGCUAAAGCUGGAGUCUACUGAUGCGAAUGAAGGGGACCCUAUCUUCAAACUGCCUCCCUUGUUUUGGGCUGUGAGUGGCCGCCGGCAGGUUGUUCUCGAUACGUUUAUCGAAGCAGAGAACCGUUAUCAGAAGAGAAUGCACCGCCUGAAACGCCUUUUUAGGGGGCGCUAUGUUGAUUUUGAUAUCUGGCAUGAGGACAAGCGUGGUCUUGGACCCGAGGGCACUCCCACACCCCUGGGAUGGGCCGUUGGUUUCGGAGAAGAGUCCGUUGUUGAAAAGCUCCUGGCAACUGAAAGCGUGACUGUUACAAAGGAGAUGUUGUUCGAGGCUGCUAGGAAGGACCACGAAGAUAUCUUGAGGGCACUGCUGGAUACGGGCCAGGUUUCAGUUCGAUGCAAAUCCAAGAAUGGGCGACGACUUCUGAAUUGGGCCCUUAGGUAUAGAGCUGUCCGUGUAACCAAGUAUCUACUGGACACAGGGAAGUUUGAGGUAGACACGGAGAUGCGGCCGUGGAAAGGCGAGUUAUCGGGCCUGGCUUACGCUGCCAAAGGCGGCGCGGAUGAACUUCUACGGCUGCUACUGGCCACAGAUAAAGCUGACAUCGACUUCCAAGACGAGGCUUCUCAAGGGCGGACAGCACUUUCGUUUGCUGCCGAGGCUGGUGCCCAAGAGUGCGUCAGACUACUGCUUGCUACAGACAAAGUCAUAGUCGAUAGUAGGGAUCGGAAAGAUCGGAUACCACUUUACUACGCCGCCGACAGGGGCCACGAAGGGGUAGCUCGGCAGCUUGUUGCUAUGAAGGCGAAUAUCAACUUGAAGGACCAAUACGGGUACUCGCCAUUCCUACUUGCUGCUUCGCGAGGUUCUGUUUCUGAGGGGGUGGUGAGACAGAUGCUAGCCAUGGCCUAG